AUGUCCACAGGUUCAAUCACAGAAACCAACCGCCUUGCUUUCAACACGUUCGCCAGCCAAUAUGACAUCCUACCCUGGAAUCAACGUCUCACAUCCCAGAUCCGCACGGCAUUGGAAGACCGCAAAGACUGGAUCGGGGCCCGCUUUGUCUCCGAGUCUAACUCAGACCCGAACCGACUUGUCAAGCUCAUCGACUAUGCCUGCGGGACUGGUGCCAUUACCAAGGCGCUAGGUCCCUACGUCAAUAGCGUGAAAGGGAUCGAUAUAUCGGAGCAAAUGGUGGAGCGAUACAACGCCGCGGCCCGUAACUCAGGCCUAGCACCCGAGCAAGCGAGCGCUGUCGUCGGCAAUUUGUGUCUCGAACAAGGCGUUCCGGAGGAAUUGCUUGGGGAAGAGUGGAAUAAUUUCGAUGUUGCCGCUAUCAGCCUGGGUUUCCAUCAUUUCGAGUCGCCCUCACUUGCUCUGAGGCGUUUGGCCGAGCGUUUGAGGCCUGGCAGCGGGGUGUUGGUUAUCGUCGACUUCUUACCGACAGAGACGGACGGCCAUGCUGAGAAAUGCAGCCAUGGACAUAAACACGGAAACGAAGCACAUUCCCCUCAUCAUGGUCAUGGUGCUCAUCAUGCCCAUGGCGCUCAUCACAAGCACCACUCAGAGGGCCCCGCUCACUCUCACUCUCAGUCGGGCUUCACCAGAGAAAGCAUGAAACAAAUGUAUACGGAAGCUGGGGUUGGCGCCGACUUCGAUUUCGUCGUUUUGCCUGAGCCUGCUGUCCUCGGCGAGGCCCCGGACGCGCGAAAACGCAAACUCUUCAUCGCUAAGGGACGUCGAGCGGACUCCAAGCUCUAG